AUGGGAAAGAGUAAGACAAGAGGCAGAAGACACCAAGAGAAACAGAAAAAGGACGAAUUUGAGCCCAGCUCAAAUUCUACGAAGUUGCACAUCCAGCAAAAAGAGCCUACUUAUAAUGAUGAAUCAGAAGAUAAAGAGAAUCAGCCACAAAUGUUUUUCGGUGUGUUAGACAGAGAAGAACUGGAGUAUUUCAAGCAAGCCGAAUCGACCUUGCAACUAGAUGCUUUCGAAGCACCUGAGGAAAAGUUUCAAUUUGUUACAAGCAUCAUUGAGGAAGCAAAAGGUAAAGAAUUGAAAUUGGUUACUUCCCAAAUAACUUCGAAAUUAAUGGAACGUAUUAUUUUGGAGUGUGAUGAAACUCAGCUAAAAGGCAUUUUCCAAGCUUUCAAUGGUGCUUUCUUUGGAUUGUCAUGUCAUAAAUAUGCUUCCCAUGUUUUAGAGACUUUAUUUGUUAGAAGUGCUGCAUUGGUAGAAAGAGAACUUUUAACACCAAGCUUUGAUAACGAUGAAAAAGAGGGACCUUAUGUGACAAUGGAAAACAUGUUUCUUUUUAUGCUGAAUGAGCUAAAACCGCACUUGAAAACUAUGGUGAAUCAUCAAUAUGCAUCGCAUGUUUUGAGACUGCUAAUACUAAUUUUGGCUUCCAAAACCCUACCCAAUUCAACCAAAACUAACUCUACGUUACGUUCCAAAAAGUCAAAAAUUGCAAGAAAAAUGAUCGAUAUUAAAGAUAACGACGAUUUCAAUAAAGUUUAUCAAACACCGGAAUCCUUUAAAUCUGAACUUCGUGAUAUAAUAACUACUUUAUACAAAGGAUUUACUAACGGUGCCGAAUCGCGUUCUGAUAUUUCUCAGUCUACCAUCACUAAAUUUAGAGAAUACAGUGUAGAUAAAGUGGCCUCCCCUGUGAUUCAACUAAUUAUUCAAGUGGAGGGUAUUUUUGAUAGGGACCGUUCCUUUUGGAGAUUGGUUUUCAAUACAGCAGAUGAGAGGGACUCUAAGGAGGAAUCAUUCCUAGAAUAUUUACUGUCGGAUCCUGUCGGAUCUCAUUUCUUAGAAAAUGUGAUUGCGACUGCCAGACUAAAAUAUGUUGAAAGGCUAUAUCGUUUAUAUAUGAAGGACCGUAUUGUGAAACUAGCAAAAAGGGAUACUACAGGUGCCUUUGUAGUGCGUGCGUUGUUAGAGCAUUUGAAGGAGAAGGAUGUGAAACAAAUAUUGGAUGCAGUAGUUCCUGAAUUAAGCAUGCUCUUGAACUCCAAUAUGGAUUUUGGUACUGCUAUUAUCAACGCAAGCAAUAAACAAGGGUGUUACUUAAGAGAUGAUGUCAUUGCUCAAUUAAUACAAAAAUACUAUCCAGAAAAGUCCGAUGCGAAGAAUAUUUUGGAAAGUUGUUUGUCGUUGAGUUCAUCGACUUUGGGUAACACCAGGGAUGACUGGCCAACAGCAGAUGAAAGAAGACGAUCAAUUUUCCUGGAACAAUUAAUUGACUACGAUGACAAGUUUUUAAAUAUUACCAUUGACAGCAUGUUGGCCCUGCCUGAGGAAAGAUUAAUACAAAUGUGUUACCAUGGAGUAUUUUCGCAUGUCGUUGAGCACGUACUACAAACUACCAGGGUGGAUAUAAUUAAGAGAAAGUUGCUAUUGAACAUACUAUCUAAAGAGUCUGUAAAUCUGUCUUGCAACGCGUAUGGUUCCCAUAUAAUGGACAAAUUAUGGGAAUUUACGGCAAAAUUGACAUUAUAUAAGGAGCGUAUUGCUAGAGCAUUAGUUUUAGAAACUGAGAAGGUGAAGAAUAGUAUUUAUGGUAGGCAAGUAUGGAAGAAUUGGAGACUGGAACUUUAUGUUAGGAAAAUGUGGGAUUGGAAAAAAAUAAUCAAGGAGCAAGAAUUUGAAAUCUUUCCAAAUUCAAAACCGCUACAACCAAAGCUUGAAAAGCGCUCAAGAGAAAGAGAUAAUUCAAAGGAAGGGAGCACCUUCAAAAAGCAAAAACACUAUAGAUAA